AUGAUACGCCUCACGUAUGCUGACUUGGGCCGCUGGAGCUCCCGUGACUUUCUGCGCAGCCGUAGCAAGAGGGCCGGUGCCGUCCACACACGCCACACACAUGGCCGGCGAGGCCGCUACAAACGUCUUUCGUCCAUCACCAGCAGCAUCCGUGAUGGCCGUCGGCACGCCUCCAAUCACAUGCAGGGAGGUCUGGGUGUGAAGCUGGGCAGCGGCCUCUUUGGGCUGCGUAUUCCCCGACAACACCAGCUGUCCCGCAUGUCGAAGGCAGAGUUUGACUUGGAGGUGUACGGGCACCCAAACAUCACCAAUCCGUACCGGGAGCACCUCGACGAACACCCGGACCUCAAGAGCGUCAUGAUGAACGCCACUGUGGUGCUGAGGCUUGUGGUGCUUCUGCCCAAGGUGGCGCGCCGUUCGGUGCAGCGCGAGGGUGGAGAUCUGCAUGCUCCAGAGGAGUGGUUGGGCGUGGUGCGCGAGAUUAAAGUGGCACUCAGCGCCAUGGCAGCCAACGCCAGGCAAGCGGUUGGUGCCGUUGAAGUGCAUCUGGCAACGUUGGAGACUUCCGUCAGCUGUUGCUGCACACCGAGUGAUGUUGCGUCAGCGCCAGCGGCCCGCAACAGGAAGGAAGCGGAGGUAGGGCCAGACCUGGAGGCCAGCGUGGCUCGGUUGUAUCGCACUCACUGCUUGUUGGGAAGUCGGCUGAAGCCAGAGUCUGAAGCGACAGCACAGCAUCGCCGGCCUGCCGCGUUCAUGGGGAUAGCACUACGCGCGCCUCCACCGAUGUACUCGUCGAACCCGCCGGGAAGCUUUGCUGUGACUGCGUCUUCGACGCCCUUUACGUCCUCGGUUCUGGCCAGUCUCACGAAGGACACUGCUGCGCCUUCCCAGAUGCUACACAGGGCGUGUAGCACAGGUACUCGUACUGCUGAUCGCCUUCCCUGCACAUCGAUGAUCUCGUCUGGGUCGGUGGUUGCUGAUGUCCCAGAGCCUUUUAAAGGGAAGGGCAUGACAAUGCUGGUGCGCGAGUGUAGUGCUACCGAGCAGCCCUUACUGCGCCUGUGCAUGCGUCCUAGCGUGCCUGCGGGCACAUCGACGCACCGGCCCCUGAGCAAGGGUUGCUCAGGGGCGAAUGCAGUAGCCGCAGCUGCUGCCGUAACGACGCGGAAGGUUCUCAGGAAGGACAUUGACCUCAACAGCGAAGUCGGGGUGUGGCGGCUGGCUCAGUCUUCUCUGCCGGAGCUUCUUCGUUGGCACUACUGUGCGCAAGAUCCACGCGCGCACAACCACGACGCCCUGCCUCAUCACCGCCGCCCGCUGCCCGUCUUGCUUGUGGUAGACUACUCCACAAUCAACAGGAAGGAAUGCAGCGCAAGGACGCAGAACGCCACAUCAUCGAGGCCUGCUGCGACGCUCAUGCCGCGACAUCUCUCGCUUGAGUUGGAGUCCGCGGGGUUCAGACUGCUAGCCGAGUCGUCCUUACUUGACGUCGCCAAGUCGCUAGAGGGGUGGAUGCCGACGCGGCAAUGGGAGGACUACCUUCAGUCCUGUGCACACAGACAACCGCACAGCGCUUGCAAGGCAGUCCCAAUCGCAGAGGCGGUGUCCCCGUAA